UGCAAUUCGAAGAAUUGGAAUGAAAUACGAGUAAAUAAAAUACGAAUUAGAUUCGAUUAAAUUCGAAUUGAAAGAAUUGAUCGUAAGAGCGGAAAAGGAGUAAUUUUGGUAUACAUGCAAGGGCAACGUAAAUUAUAAAUAUCGCCAGUUGAGACUGGUGCACAGGAAACACGGAGAUAAAUGAGCAUAGACUGGAAAAAGAGCGGAUUCGACAGAGCGAAUAUAUUGGAUUCCGGACACAUGGCACAGGGACGAAUGAAUAGCAUCCGGUUUUCUGAAUCACCGAGAUAUUCUUGAGGAAUACGUAAGGCAGAAGUUUUGAAUUUUCAUAAAUCGUGGAAACUGAAGUGAUUUUUCAGAUCGAGAUCAAAUAAUUGUGACGUGAUUUUUUAUUCUACGAAAUUUUAAAUGGACAAGUUUAAUUUUUCGAUUUUAUUAAAAGAUAAAGAGGAGAAGAAAAUAAAUGAAUGAAAAGAACAAAGAAGAAAAAGAAACAAGGAAGAAAUAUUAUUAAGAAGAAAGAACAAUAAACUUUCGAAUUUUGGAUUAGGAAGAAAUACGAGCAAGGAAGACAAAUAAACUUUCGAAUUUUGGAUUAGGAAGAAAUACGAGCACUGUUCUAAAUUUGAAUCACUAUGAGACAAUGCGUGGACGCUAUUUUCUUACACGGAGGUACAGGAUUAUCGUUGAAUCAUCAAUAUGUAAAUGAUGCAGAUCAAUAUGACUCUUCGAUCAAUGAUGAUAAUACAAAGCAUUUGGAGAAAUUCUACUUAAUUACAGAACGAAGGUGGCACACAGAUACCGUGCUACCAAUUUCUUUACUGCGGUCUACCGAGGGAAUGUCUGCUCGAUCUCAUCAUAGGAUCCGGCAGUCCACUACGGGACUGGAUGAUUCUGGUAUGGACUUGCAAGCAGCUCAAUUCAGUACCCGUAUAGGUCAGGAGGUUCGCUCUAGUACAACUCUAUCAUGGCUAGAUUGGCAGUUGCUUCUUUUUAUAGCACUUUGUGCCAUUGCUGGUGUUAUUUUGUUUACAUUUUUGAUCUUGUUAUGGCUACGGAAACAAAUGUCGCGUGAAAAAGAUACUGAAGAUGGUGACAGGAGAGGUCUAGUAGAAGAAGGAUUGGUUGGCCGAACAGAUAAAACUGACAAAAGUACUAAAAGUUCAGUGGAAGCGCAAUGGGUUCCUCAAUCGGUAGCCAAACCAUCGGAAUCUACUCAAAAAGCAAAACCUUCUACAACAGUUGCUUCUGGUUUACCAGAAAUAAUGACUGUGACCACGCCAGAACGAAAAAUAGAACCAAUUCGCGUGAAACCUAAAGGAUUAUUAGAACGGCGUAGUUCGAGUGCAAGUUUAACCAUAGAACUAGCACCAGCACCGACACCCGAAAAUCCACCACACAUGGUCACUCCAACUCGCGAAUGUACGACUGAAGAAUUUUUAUUGAGCGCUGGAAAUGUCUUAUCCAGAGCACAAUUGAAAAAAACAUUGAACGAUCCAGCAUCGUUACAGAAAGAAUUUUGGGAAGUACCGUUGAACCACCCCAAAAAAGUUGAUAUAUGUGGAGCUGGUGUAAAAAAUAGAUAUUGCACUGUAUUACCUAAUCCGCAAUCUCGAGUGAUUUUACCGGGUUCUUCUGACGAUCCACUUUCUAGUUACAUAAACGCCAAUUAUAUCAGGGGAUACGAUGGAGAAGAUGCACGCUAUAUCGCAACCCAAGGACCAUUAUCUCAUACGAUAGAAGAUUUCUGGCAAAUGAUUUGGGCAGAAAAAGUUCCCGUAAUUGUCAUGAUGACAAGAUUACACGAAGCUGCCAAAACAAAAUGUGAUAUCUACUUUCCUGUAGAUAAAAAUAAUCGUUUACAAGCUGGUCCUUUCACGAUUAUAGUUAACUCUAUAACCAACAAAGAUGGUUAUACUGUUAGAGAUUUGGAAAUUAGAUACGAAAGGGAAAGACGCCAUGUACAGCAUUACUGGUAUGAUUCAUGGCCAGAUCAUGCUGUACCUCAAGCAGCAGAUGCGCUUGUUAAUUUAGCUGCAGAAAUAAAUGCUCUAUCUGGACCUGUAGUGGUACACUGUAGCGCAGGUAUUGGACGCACUGGAUGUUUUAUAGCACUAGCAAUAGGAAUGACACAACUCUUAAGAAAUGAUAACGUAGAUGUACUAGGUAUUCUAUGUCAAAUGAGGUAUGACAGAGGAGGUAUGAUUCAAACUGCUGAACAAUACGAAUUUGUUCAUCGAGCACUUUGUCUAUUUGAAAAAACUCUCGAUGGCAGAUUAUCUAAAUCAAGAGAAUAAUGUUGCUACGAAUAAUAAUUAUUUUAGAAGCAAUUACUGUUGCCUACAACACAAUCCACUUUCGUCCAGAUAUUCCAUUAAAACAAAAGAUACUUUUAAAUGAAUCUCUGUGUCAGCAUUGGAGGUAAGAAAAGGAGGUCUUUACUAUUUCAAUACUUUAAUGAAAUUCGCCUCAUCUAAUUAUGCUGCCAUUCUAUACUGCCAUGACAAAUGAUAUAUGAGUCGCGUAAAAAUUUUCUCAAAGAAUUAUCAUUUUAAUCACUUAUCCCAAAGCAAAAAAAAAAGAGAGAAAGAAAAAGAGAAAAGCAAUUGCAUGCAACAUUAUAAAAAGUCAAAGUAAAAAGCCAUUUUAAUGAAUAAGCACUAAAUGUGUGGAACAUAUAUGUACAAAAACAAACAAAAAACAAUCGACUAACUUUACAUCAAGACCCUUUUGUUGUAACAAUUUGAAUAUUAUUAUAUUAUAUCAGAAUCGUAAUUAAUGUUCAAAAUUAGCAAAAAUUUAACAUAUUUAUUUAUUUUUCUUUC